AUUUAUUUUUGGAAAGCGAUUCUUUCCGUUCAUUCAAAAUUCCUCGUGUUUUUAUAUUAUUUUUUUGCUGUUAAAGCAUUUUUGAAAUCACGUUAGACAUCGCAGCCUCGCCUCGCCUGUCGCAGUUUAAUUACAGAGAUUUACUUUGAAUUAUAAACGGCUCCAAACACGCACAUCCACGUCGAUAAGCAUGUCACGCAUCGGCAUCAACGGUUUCGGACGCAUCGGUCGUCUUGUACUCCGCGCCGCCAUUGACGACUGCGCCUUCGUAGUGGCGAUCAACGAUCCCUUCCUCAAUCCGCAUUACAUGGCGUACCUCUUCAAAUACGACUCGACGCACGGCCGCUUUCCGGGUGAGGUUACAGCCGAAGAUGACUGUCUCAUCAUCAACGGCACCAAAAUCAAAGUCUUCACACACAGCGACCCGACUUUGAUCAAUUGGUCCAGCGCCGGCGCCGAAUACAUUGUCGAGUCCACCGGCGUCUUCUUGACAAUGGAAAAGGCCGCAGCGCAUUUCGUGGGUGGCGCACGUAAAGUCAUCAUUAGCGCACCCUCACCGGAUGCGCCGAUGUUGGUGGUGGGCGUCAAUCUGGAUGUGUACGACAAGGAAAUGCGCAUAGUCUCAAUGGCUUCCUGCACCACCAACUGCCUAGCGCCGCUGGCCAAAGUCAUACAUGAGAAUUUCGAAAUCAUCGAGGGCUUGAUGACCACCGUGCAUGCGGUCACGGCCACACAGAAGGUGGUGGACGGCCCAAGUGGCAAGCUUUGGCGUGAUGGUCGUAGCGCCGCACAAAACAUAAUACCCGCCACAACGGGUGCUGCCAAGGCGGUCGGCAAGGUUAUACCUUCGUUGAAUGGCAAGCUAACUGGCAUGGCAUUUCGGGUGCCGGUGCCAGAUGUGUCUGUGGUGGAUCUAACGGUGCGUCUCAAUAAGCCGGCGCCGUACGAGGCAAUCAAGAAGAAGGUACAAGAAGCGGCAAACGGACCCUUAAAAGGCAUAAUUGCCUACACCGAGGAGGAGGUGGUCUCGUCGGACUUUCUGCAUGACAUAAACUCGUGCACCUUCGAUGCAAAGUCGGGCAUAUCACUGAACGACAAGUUCGUGAAACUGAUUGCUUGGUAUGACAACGAGUAUGGCUACUCUAGGCGCAUCAUCGAUCUCAUACGAUACAUGCAGAAGAAGGAAUAAGACGAAGGGGCAAGGCUGGGAGCCAGAAUUUGGAAGUGA